UAUAGGUAAAGAGGUAAAAAUGAAUAAAGGAGAAAGAAGAAAAUAAGAUAGAGAGGAGUGAUCGGUCGGUCGGUCGAUUGGUCGGUCAGGCGGUCGACCAGUCGGUUGAUCGUCGAAAGCCGAAUGGUUAGGAGCGGUAAUUGCGAGGGGCGCACCCGCAUGCGCGGCAGUGUCGCGCUUAGGGUGCUGCGGGCGCAAGUCUAUCAGAGAGCGGAGCAACAGAGUGCCGUUGUGUACACCCUCGCCCACGUACCACGACGCUCCUCGAGGAAGCGUCCACGUUUUUUUUCCUGUGAAAGCCGUCGGAAGGCUAACGCGAAGCGUCGCCGCCCGUGUUUUUCCGUCCUAACGCGAACAAAAUAAUAGACACAGUGAAAGGAAAGAGAAAUUAUAUCGUACGAUGCGUCCCUCAUCCUGGCCGACUUACUUAUCGUGCCCAAUUGAGAGACACACGUAAGGUGGCUCGAGCUACUUUUUUUUAAAUGUGUCACCACGGACGAGCAUGAUUCUGGCUGGAUCAGACCAUUUCUUAGCGGUACCUGUGGAAGCGACUGCAUUUCUGGGUGCCGUUGCUGGCUUUAUCGUCCUAUUACUGGCCAUCUUCCUCUACCUCUCUCGUAAGUGGUGCUUCACACCGCCCACCUCGGCUGCUCUCUUCGGCGGAGUUUGCGUUCCGCUUUGUGAGUCCAGCAAUAACUCUGCAUCUCAAAUAUCGAAGAAUAUAGGGAAGGCAUUUUCCUAUUCGGAUCCAGAAACGAGCUCUGAUUCGGAAGAAGACGCUCUUCGAAGAUUAAAUUCGCAUCCUCACCCACCACCAGAUACGUUGACCAUACAAGCUGAGGAUGGGCCAGCGAUCGUUGACGCCGGAACUACUUCAAGUAGUUGUACUGAGGAACAUACGCCGACAGCUCAGCAGCAACAGUGCGUAGUGGAGGUCGGUGCCUCCAGUAUCAUACUCGAUAGUAGAGAACAGGAGGCAGAGAUCGAACGAAAUGCACCAACGACGAAUGACGUUAUCACAAGGAUGGGAGCCGUGCCGGAGGAAAUUGGUAGCUUGGAAGUCGCUUUUCUUUAUGAUGCACCAAUGCGUGAGAUGACGGUACAAGUUUUGCAAGGACGAAACUAUCCAGCCGGAAUCGGUGGCAGUCAAGUGCGUUUAGUAUUGUUACCAUCUAAGAAGCAAAGACGUAAGACUCGCGUUCGACAGGGUAACUCGCCUCAAUAUAUGGAAAGCUUCCUUCUUCCUCGUGUUAAUCCGGAAGAUGUGAACGCUAUGGGAGUACGACUAAGAGUCUAUUUAUGGGGUGGAAGAAUGCGUAGAGAAAGAUUACUCGGAGAGGCCAGAGUCUCCUUCGAUCAAAUCAAUCUACAACUCGAAACCACUCUUUGGUUGACUUUGCAACCACCGCCAUCUUCGGUUCAGGAUUGGGGUACAAGCAGCAGUUUGACGCGUAGCGAUUCUACAGGUUCACAACAAUCCGUUCAAUCAUACGCAUCACCUACUAUACCGCCAUAUGGUAGUAGCAUGAAAGGUGGAAGCGUUGCAGAAAUAUUAAUAGGGCUAUCCUAUAACGGUACGACCGGACGUUUAUCGGUCGAAAUUAUCAAGGGUUCUCAUUUCCGUGGUGGCGGUGGUAAUGAUACUAAACCACCAGAUACUUAUGUGAAAUUGGCUCUCGUCGACAGCAACGGCCAUGAGAUGAGUCGAUCAAAGACGGGCUUGAAAAGGGCUCAACCGAAUCCACUUUAUAAAGAGACCUUUGUUUUCCAGGUCGCUCUUUUCCAAUUAGGUGAUGUGACACUUUUCGUUUCGGUUUAUAAUCGGCGAAGAGGUGGUAUGGGCAAGAAAGGAAGAGAGAUGAUCGGUUGGCUCUGUCUAGGUUUGAACAGUUCUGGCUCGGAGGAAUUACAACAUUGGAAUGACAUGCGUGUAGCCCGACAGCCCACCCAAGUUCAACGCUGGCACUCGCUUUUACGUCCUUGAAGCAAAAAGAGGAUUCGCACGACGAAUGAUACAAAGAUUUUUCUCGACUUUAGGCAUUUUUUUCAAGCAGCAUCGUCGGACGAAACGAGUCCAACGUGCACUGCCCGACUGGAAAAUGAAAACGAAGAAAAAAACAUACAUACACGCGCGAAUCAAUAAGCGUUUCAUCUGUCGAUAGUCGAUACUGCGUUACGAUCAGAGCUGCUUGCUAUCGUAAUAAUAAGCGCUAAAAAAACUCUGAGUUGUAAACUCUAUACUCGAUGUACCAAGUACAUACACAUAUACAUUUCCCUUUUUGAUACGGCGGAGGGAGUCGAGAGUGUUUUCGAUAUAUUUCAUCCAUCACGGUGGCACCAUCGACUUCGUCGAGGUCACAAGUUUGUGGCACGAGAACUCUCCGAUUCGGACAUAUGUGCCUGAGCCAAAACCUUGAUCGUUUAUCUUUUACUUUGUGCCUUUCACCCUUUUUAGGAAAAGUCGUGGUCCCACCUGUGACACCUGAUAAGUAGGGGAAACGCGUAAGGAAAGGAGAGAAUGAACGCGCGUGUGUAUGCCUGUAAGUGCGUGUAUGUGUGUAUGUAUGCUUCUUUGUGCAAUGAGAGUGCAAAAAGUGAGAGAGAGAGAAAGAGAGAGAGAGAGAAAAAAGAGAGAAAGAGAGAGUGAGAGAGAGAGAGAAAGAGAGAGAGAGAGAGAGAGAGAGAGAGAGAGAGAGGGAGAGAGAAAAGGAAAACGAAUCGAAAAUGAUUCGAGCUAACAAGUGUGCCGAGUUUUAUCUUUGCUCCGCGGUACUUUUUCAAUAUAUAUUCUAGUAUGCAGUGACUCCUUCAUACAAAUUAGUACGACGAAUUUUGGUGUCUUGUGAUGGUUCGAGAAUGGAUUGACGUUGUGCGAUGCUGAAUGAGAAAGAUACGAUGAGGACACGUUUACAAUUCAAUGACGCACAAUAAAUCGCAAAACGCACCCCGUUGAUGCAGAUGUGAUGAUGAUCGUAGAUUAUCGAUCUUAUUAUUGACAUAGAAAUUUAUGCGAUUGUAAUUCAUAAGUACGAAUAGAUCUAGUUACAUUACUAUCUACGCGUUUAAUAAUAGACGGAAUUGGAUGGCGAAAAAAAAAAUGGGCGAGAGACUGAUCAACGGAUAAGCUACGAAUCAUUUAGAGCUUGAUUUUUCAAGCCUUACAAGUGUUAUAGUCUUUUAGCUAUAAAAGAAAAAACUAAUCCAUGCUCGAACUGUUUUGUCGUUUACGUAUUAGGCACGAAGCGAUUAUACAAGGGCUCAGAAGUUGACUCGUUGGAUAAAUAUAAAUACACGCUAUAUUACAGCUUCGAUUUUCUUUAGCACUUCUGGUUCUAGUAUACUUAAAAAUCGAUAAUAGUGGCUCUCUAAUUCAGCUAUCAAAGAAGAAAUUGCAAAAAUAAAUUAGAAGAUUUUUAUAAUUGGAUCGAGAAAAACGCGUCUACUUUAGAAAAAUCGAAGGAUAAUAUGAUAUACUUUAGUACUUUUAGUGCCAUUGACUUCUGAGUCCUAACAGCAACAUGAUUGUACAUAACUUACUAUGUUACAGUCUGUUUAUAAAUGACACGAUAUUGAAUGGAAGUUUUUAAGUUGUGCUUACACAUAUGCAGACAAUGAUACAUUCUUCAGAAUUUUCUCUCUCGAAAACAAAUUCUUUAUUUGUGUGUAAUUCAACUCGAAAUGAAGUAAUCGUAAUAAGUCGUCAAGAUAUCUUAUGAAUUUCUCAUUGCAGGAGCACUAUUUCGUAAUUACAUUGCCUUAUAUAUCACUUCGUCAAGUUACUCUAAAGAAUUCAAAGAAUUCGUUGUACUCGGAUUUCUACGCCCAGUGAACGCUAUAAGAAAAGUCACGAGAUAACAAACGAAAUAAUUUUAAAAAUCGUUUGUUACAGGGAGAUAUGCCAAAUUAAAAAAAAAUUUUUAAUGCUAGUAUGAGAUCAAGAUGGUGCGUAUUACUGUAUCAUCUUAUUCGCGAUUUCUUUCAAAAACUGUUAUAAGUGAAGAUCGCGAACGUUAUAAACAGACUAUCUCAUCGGAUUUUUAUUUAUAUUUUAUCUACAGCACCCUUUUCUCGAUAAGUAACGAUUAAAGUUUAAACGUCUACUGCACAAAAUAAUUACCUUGAUCAAUGUUAUUACAUACUUACAAAUAAAUAACUAUAUUUAUCGCGUUUUAUAAAAAUGUACUCUGAUACAAUUAAAUAAAUUUAUGAAUAGUUAUUAUUAAGAGCAUAAAAAAUAAAGUGUCAGUCAGAGAACAUAUUUCUCCAAUAGUUCUCUCUUUUUUCUUGCAAGUAAUGCUUCUUGUAUAUCUUGCUGCGAUGGUAUACGUUUUUGUGAAGUCGUUUCUAUUUCUUCUUCCGAAUCUGACUCUUUAUUCUUCUGCUGUAGCCAUUCUUUUAUAGUUUUCUCUCUUGCUUCAUGUUCCGCUUUUUGCUCUAACGGUAACAAAAUUCCAUCGUCGUCGUCUCUAUAUCCAUAAUAAUCGGCAUCUAUAUCUUUCAUUAAUUCUGCACGUGUUUUUCGAGGGGGUGGUGGAGGCUCUUGUUCAAAGAGUUCUCUUACUCCUGGUAAUUCUUUUGCAGCUCCAAAAUAUUUAUAACCCCGAUUUCCAGGUACCUAACAAUUUCACACAAAAUAUAAAUAAUUUUAGUAAAUGUAUCUCGAAUGAUGAUAAAAUAUCUAUUCACCUCUCGUCCUUCAUGAUCUAGCAUCCGUGGUCCUACACGAGAAUAAUCUGGUCCACCGAGUUCUUUUAUUUGUGCUUCCCAAUGCCUCUUUUCUCUGAGUAAUUUAUUAAUCUCGUCGUUUAAAUCACGAAUUCGAAAUUCCCCUAAACCAGCAUUUUGUAUCUGAGCAACCUUCUUAGCGAUCUCUCUAAUAAUUUGCAUUCUCCACUUCUCGGCUUUCCUCAAAUCUCGACACUCGGAGGCUAAAUAAGGUCUUCUCUCUUGUUCUUUUCUGGCUCCUUCAUUGCUUUGAGCUGCCCUCCACCUCGCAAGGGUGGUCCUAUUAAAAUAUUUCAACGAAUUACUUCCUAUGGAAAAAAGCUACAAAAAAAAUUAAAAAGAAGAAAUUAAAAGGAAGAAUAUAAGAAAACUUUAUUUACUAACAUAGCCUUUUCAGCAUUACGUGCCUGAAAAAAAUAUAAAUCAGUUUUAUUUAAAUUAUACAAAGAAAUUACUUUGUUUUUAACAUAUAAGGAUAUAUACAUAAUUUAUACUUACCAUAUUUGUAUGUGUGUUUUAAACUUUGGUUUGAACAAAUUGACUUUAUUCAAUUGACUUUAUUCAAGUUCAUUCAAUAAAUAGUAAUGUGCAUUAAAUUAAUUAAAAUAUUUCUAUAAUAACCACAUGAAUAAAAAAGAAUAGUAAGAUUUCGUUUCAUUAAUGUUUAUAUUUUUUUAGGUUAUAUUGAAAAAUUUAACGUAUUCAGUCAAUACGAAUAAUAGAACAUCUUAAACGUGUGUCUUAAUGUUUUUAGAAUUUUUUAUAUAAUUAUUAUAAAAAAAGUAUGUGUAUAUAAGUUUGAAGAACGUGAUUUUAAGUAUAAAUAAUAUUUCCUUGAAUAUGGACCAGUAUACACAAUACACAAUGCUAUUGUACGUUAAAGACACGAACGGUUUAGAAACUCAAGAUAAGAGUUAUUUAAAGAUAAUAUUUAUUAAGUUAGUUUGCAUUUAAAUACACGCAUAUGUACGUGUAGGAAUUCUGAUUGGUGGUUAAGUGAAGAGCGACCAAAGUAGAGAAAAGAAAUUGGUAUUUCCUUGUCCGUCAUU